AAUUUCUGCGCUGAACAUUUUUGUGGUCGUCGCAAAAGUGAAUAAAAAUUUUGUUUAUUAUCUUUAUCUCGUCUCGUGGCUGUAGUUUGAUUGCGUUUCAGUUUUAAUUUAUAAUCGCGUCGACUUCCUCACUUUUCUCACGUACUAGCUGGGCAAACAGAUGCUUUACUGCUGUGGAUAUUAGAGUGCAAUUAUCGUUCAUAAUGUUUUGAGAUCGCACGAUUCUUCCUCCGUUGGUUGUUGCUCUGGGGAGCUGUUGGCUGACCUCCACGACGUGGAUUGUGUGGCUGCAGAGCAGUAAAUCGACCCUUGCGUUAUCAGUGACAGCAAAAAGUUGUUAUCUGAUCUUGGUCGCGUAAGAUUCUCUGUUGCGCCACCAUAAUUAGCUAAGCAGGAAUCCUGGGGGCGCUUGCCAGUCUCAUCAUGGACGGUGCCAACGAGGGAGAGGACAUCCAGUUCCUAAAACACGCCAAGUACUUUGUGCGAUUUUUGAACAUUUUGCCGGCCCGUUUGGCUUCUCACGAUUCGACCCGGGUGACGAUUGCAUUUUUUGCUGUAAGUGGUUUGGAUGUUCUGGACUCGUUACAUCUGCUAUCGGACUCAUUCAAACAGGAUAUUAUCAAUUGGAUUUACACACUGCAGGUGGUACCGAAACCUGGCGGAAGACCUUGCGGUGGAAUUCAGGGAUCAAGCACGUUGAACAUCUUAAACCCUCCGGACUGCUGCGGAUUAGAUACAUAUCGAUGGGGGCAUUUGGCCAUCACCUACACAGGCUUGGCAGUUCUAGUAGCACUGGGGGAUGAUUUAUCGCGAUUGAAUCGGAAAGCGAUAAUCGACGGCGUGGCUGCAGUCCAGAGAGAGGAUGGCAGUUUCAGUGCGACCAUCGACGGCAGUGAGCACGAUAUGCGGUUUGUGUACUGUGCUGCAGCAACAUGUGCCAUGCUCAAUGACUGGGGCAAAGUGAACAAACGGAAAAUGGCGGAGUAUAUUCAGAAAAGCAUUCGGUACGACUUCGGUAUAAGCCAACACUACGAGAUGGAAUCGCACGGUGGGACCACAUUUUGCGCGAUAGCUGCACUCGAACUGAGCGACCAGCUCGACAUCCUUACACCGGACGUAAAAGCAAAAAUCGUUCGAUGGUUGAUGUUCCGACAGCAGGACGGUUUUCAGGGACGUCCAAACAAACCGGUGGACACGUGCUAUUCCUUCUGGAUCGGUGCAACGCUGAAAAUGCUGAACGCCUUUGAACUGACCUGCUACAAAGAGAACCGCGACUAUGUGCUUUCGACACAGGAUAAAGCCGUCGGAGGGUUCUCCAAGUGGCCCGGUUCAUUCACUGAUCCGUUCCACACCUAUUUUGGCAUCUGCGGGCUGAGCUUCCUGCAGGAGCCAGGACUACUCGAGGUGGUGCCCAGUUUAAACAUAUCGCAGCGCGCCUUUCAAAGACUGAAACAACUGCACGUGGUUUGGCAGGUGGAAGAUGAUAUAAAACGCAAGUGUGAUGUGAGGGUUAACAUAGAAUAAAACAAUCGGAACUGGUUUUCUGAGAAGGUGCCGCACAGAAUCAUACGCUAGAAGCCGGAAGUAAGAUGGGCAUCCGUAUGCUGAACAAUCUACAAAUUACAAACUAUUGAAUUAAUAAGCUUUGUUUAUUAGAAGACUAUUUUUAUUUUCUUGUAAUUUAAAACAUGCUUUUUAUUGUCUUUUAGGGUAACCAAACUCAAUGCUUCUAUAAGAUUCGACAUCGAUGAUUUCAUUCAAAUAUUUGUAGUGUGUCUGCCAACGAUUUGUAUCUAUAAAAAGAUAAGUUUGGUAAAAUGAUUGAAAUUUUACCAUUCAGUGUACCUAAUUAUAUUGUGUUUGAACAAUGUGGAUCCCAACGUCCACGUAACCCGUGGCAUUAAAUUAAGCCUUUAGCAUAAGAUGAUUGUGUAGAGUUGUACAUUGAACAAUUGUGGAAAAAAAUAUACUUAAUAUAGAAAAGA